AUGAAAAACGAUGAAGUAUUCAAUGAAAUUUUUGAUUCCCACAAUAAAAGCCUACUUAAAUUUUGCUUAAUCCACGGAAAAUCAGAAUAUGGAUACAAAGAAGAGUACAAGGAAAAUAUCUUAACAAUUAAUCAAGGCACAUUUCUAAUCCCAAGGAAUAAUCGAGAGUUCCUCCAAUCUACUCAUAAAUUACUUACUCCCCCCCCAUCCUUGAUCGAACGAUUGACUGUAAAAAUUCCUAAAAAUUAGGGAAAUUAACCCACAUCCUUGAUCGAACGAUUUUCAUAUCAUGACAAUUUUUUAUAUAUAAAAAAAUAUAUUAGUUUAUCAAAAGCAUGGGAAGAUGUACAUAAUGAAGUUGUUUUCAGAGCCUUAAGACGACAGAAAGCUGCGGAAUCAACUAUCCGAAGUGAUUUAGUUAUCAAUCUAGGCUUAAAAACUCAAUAAUCUAAUAAAAUAGAGAUUCUUUCAAAUUUUUAAAAAAAAAUUUAAUUUAAUAAGGAAACAAAUUAAAUUUAAUAAGGAACAAAUUAAAAUUUAUACAGUUUAAAGGGAUAACUAAUAAAUCAAAAUAUUAAAAAUUGGUAUUUUAUGAAUUAAUUAAAUUUUUUGCUGUAAAAAUAAUUAUUAAAUACUCUUAACCCUCUUAUUUAAAAGUAAAUAAAAAAAUAUAUAUAUAUAUAUAUUUUUUAUUUUUUAUAUAAAAUUUUUUUCCCGAAAAUUUUUUUUUUAACCCCCAUCCUUGAUCGAACGAUGGCGAGUCGUUCGAUCAAGGAUGGGGGGGGAGUUAAUCUUCAACUAUUUAUAUUCAAACACAAACUAUUUUUAUUAGAAAUAACAGUCUCUGAUUCUCAAUCCACAAUAAGGAAACUGAUUUUUACACACAGUCGAAUAGUCAUCAAAAAUCCUCUUCAGGCAAAACUUCCACAUUCAAUUAUCGAGAGAGGAUUAUGGCAAGACUUAUUUCUUGACAUUGAAUCUCUCUAUAAUCUCUGCUUUCCUAAUAGCACUCUGCAAUAUAUCCAAAUGAUCUCAAUUACAGGGACAUUUAUGCUCAGAAAAAUCAUGUCAACUUAUGAUAAAUCAAUACCUAUCCCAGACCAGCAUCAUUUUUCUGAUUUAUUUACUUUUAAACCUCUAAUGAUAACUUCAUUAACUUAUCCUCACACAAGCAAGCAAAAUCUUUUUGUCGAAAUUUCACCAAGCAGAAUCCUGGAGAAACAUAAAUUAAAUUCCCCAAAUAUGCUUCAAAAAAGAAGUCUGAUUGAGAUGGAAAUAAGUCAAUUAAAAGUUGCGCAUAUGAAAGGAAUUAAUUUAGGAACAAAAAUAUUUUUUACUUCCCGCUCAGUUAGCGAGCAAAAAAAAAUUGUUCACUCACUGAGGGAACUUAAAAAUUAAAAAUUCUCAAUAAUUGGAAAGCAACUAUAAAAUUAAUUUGUAAAAUUUAUGUUUUAAAAUGCAAGCUGUUAAAAAUUAAACAGAAUUAGCAAGAAAUUUCAUCCAUUACAAUUAUCAUUUAUAUAUCAAUUUUUUUUUUUUCAUAAAAAAUUUUUUUGUUCACUCGCCAAGGAUGGGUUUUUGGGGCAAAAAAUAGGGAUUUUUAAAUGGUUUAGUUCUUUCACGAAGGAGAAGUUAGGAAAAAUAAAGCAAAAGCAGAUAUUGAAGAUAAUAGGAAGAAAAAUAGGAAAAUCACCCAUAAUUAUACACGAGAAAGUGAUAUUGAAGAAGAAAUAGAGGAAAAUAUAGAAGUUGACAUGCCAGAAGAGAAUAGGCCAUUUAUUGGAAUAAUUAAUUCUGAAAGUUGUACGGCAAAAGAAUUUUUUAAGCCUCCUGAUUGAUUUUCAGAAAAAUUAUCUUCAGUGAUGAAAAUAAGGCAUUUUACUCCUCCAUUUGUUAAUAUAAAGGAUCUUCAAGGCCAGCAGCUUAUUUAUAACCCAGCCUCUAGAUUUUACGACCAAGAAUGGUAA